AUGGCGAUGCACCAAAAUGUGUUGGACCUGCGGCCCAAUUCACAGGGCUCGACCGGCUCGACUUCGCCACGGCCCUUGCGGUCGCCCCGCCUGCAUGUCACCGGAGAGAUACCCCCUGAAUUCUCCCCGCUGGACGCAUUUGUCUUGCAGAGCCGCAUCCUCGCGAAACAGUUGCAAGAGAGCACCAAGGAGGGCAACAGAUUCAGCAGGCUACCGCCGUUGACGGUGGAGAGUCCCCUGAUCGUCCAGGGCCGGUCAAAUUACUUCCGUUCCAUGUCUCAAGACUCGGGGUCAGAACCAUGUGAUUCACUCGAACAGAAUCCCGCCGGCCUGGGUCUGAGAACUGAGGUCGAACAUUCUUUUUCACAAGGACGGUCCAAAUCGAUCGUCUCGCGUACGAGUCGAAUCCCUCCUAGCCCCUAUGGACCAGCCCCUGCUGUGCCACAGAUAGCGCGAGAAUUGUCUCGAGGAUCACAGCUCAAUCAGAUCGAGGAGGACCGCGAUUCUUUCGGCGCACGAAGGGAACGCUCUCCCUCGCCGAAAAUCCAGACGAUGUGCUUAUCUGGGACCAAGUCCAUGUCAAAAUGGCAGGCUACCUCCUGGUCUGCCAAAGACGCACCCUUCCUCCAUGAGUUGAUCGAGUAUCUUCGGACACACAAUCUCUCAGAUCUUCUCGGCCUUCAGAUUCUGGCACCUAAGGAGCCUGGAAAAGCCAUGGUCGAAUUUGUGCUUGGAGGAAACUGUGGCACCGUCAUGCUUGAUCACGAGAAGGCAAACUUUCAGGGUGCUUACCGAAACACCGAAUGGCGUGUUGAGAAGAGAGGUGACAAGCCUGUCUUCAUCGAGCUGGAGAAGCAUGCGAAGACCAUUCGAGGUACUCAGCAAGUCUUCACUGAUCCCGACGACAAGGACAUCCCUGAUGAAACCGCGCUCAGGUCCGUACUGAAGGCCGGAGGGCUUGUCAAGUGCGAGUGA